UAUUGUUCUUAAUCAUUGUAAAUAAUAAACUGAAUUUAUACUUCUCUAGCUUUAUUUACUUAGACACAAUUUAUAGUGCAAUAGUGAGAAAUGUCUGUAGCCAUGGAACAGGAGGGAUACUGUACCGAACACAGUUGUACCUGCGGUCCUCCCCCAAAGCGGCGUCGCAUACGUAGAGUGACUAUUCUAGACUUGCUGAACGUGGACCUGGUCCGGAGCGCCAUAUUUGACUAUGUGCCUUUGGGGGACCUGCUGCGCUCCGAGCGAGUCUGCCAGCGGUGGCGGAGCGCUGUACAGCAUUAUUUGAGAGGCGCCCGCCGCAUCCGCUCCAAGCUGCACAUCACCUCCCCCUGGCACCCGCCGCCGCCGCGCCUGUGCCGCUGCCAGCGCCUGCUGCCGCUCGACGAGAGCCGCGACUCCUGGUACUGCUCCUCGCUGUACAAGUGGGGCGCGGCGGUGGAGGCGGCGCCCUGCACGGCCGCGAGCUUCGAGGAGAUUGUGGGCCAUUGCCCCAAUAUACGGGAGAUUACGUUUUACGGAUUUCCGGACCGGGAAAUAGUGAGAGACAGCGUUGGUAUCGGACGGCUACGGAAACUGAAACGGGUCGCCUUCAGGAAUCUCGUCACGGAGGAUGAGGACAGGGAACAGGUCACCGAUGAAGACGUCACUAUACUCCUCCAGAGCAAUAUCGAGGAACUGACAAUAAUAGGAAACGACCAAAUCACUGGCACAUUCCUGAAACACCUAAAAACUAAUCUAACAUCACUGCGACUCAGAAACUGUCCAAAUUUAGACUAUAAACAUCUACUUUCUGUAUUAGAUAAUUUAAGAGAUGUAACUGUAUUAGAUUUGUCAAGAAAUUCCGGUGAUGUUUUAAAGAAUGUCCAUCUACUACUUGAUGUGAUGCCAAAAUUGGAACAUUUGGAGUUGUGCGGUUAUGAGAAGGUGGAGUUGGACGGGCAGUUGAAAGAGCAUGCUCGAUUGGAGAAUUUGAAGCAUCUGAAUUUGAGGAGGAAUAGAAAUGUGAACGAUGAUUGGUUGGAAACUAUAGCGAGGGGGCAUAAAUUGAUUACGUUUGAUGUGUCGUAUUGUAAAGGUGUGACAAUGACAGGCUUGACAGAAGUGUGCGAGUCGUCGAAAUCGAUGAGCGAGCUCGCCAUAGCUGACAACGACGAUGUGUCAGACGAGGACGUCGAGACCAUCAUACGGCUCCUUCCCUUCCUCACGGUGAGAUACUUCAUAGGUUUGUACCUGCUCGGUCACUGCAGACAGCGCUCCGCUCUCGGUCAAUCGGUCAAACGAACUAGUUCGGUCUUUUAG